AUGAGCUUUGCGACCGUUCAACAAACAGUGCUUCGGCACCAACAACAGUCUGUCUCACAACAACAGCUGCAGCAACCACAACAGAGAGGAGGGCCUGUGGUCGGCACCGAUCUUUCCCGGGAACAGGAACUUGUGAUGUGGCAACAGGAUUCGUACUUGGCAGGAAAUACUGGUACGGGUCAUGACUCAGGAAUCAUGAGCGCAGGGCCAGUGUCUUGCACCGGACAGCCGGAGGACGGCUUGAUGUUCGAUUGGGAUCACGGUUCGAACUCGGGGAGGAGCUACGGAAGUCAUAUGGGAGGAGAUCAGAGCGUUGACGACGUUGGCCAACAACUGAGCCAAACGAGGUCGCAGAGAGUCCGGGCCGCGAUGUUUCCCGAGACUCUCGACGAGGGUCUCGAAAUUCCAUCGACCCAAUACGACCCGAAUCAACCCACAGCGGUACAGCGUUUAUCGGAACCGUCGCAAAUGCUGCGACAUGCCGUUGUGAAUCUGAUCAACUACCAAGACGAUGCCGACCUGGCCACGCGGGCUAUCCCAGAGCUAAUAAAACUGCUGAAUGACGAGGAUCAAGUAGUGGUCGGGCAGGCGGCCGUCAUGGUUCACCAGCUCUCGAGGAAGGAGGCUUCUCGGCACGCCAUCAUGAAUUCAUCUCAAAUGGUGGCGGCUCUCGUAAAGGCCAUGACAACCUCGAACGAUCUGGAAACGACGCGCAACGCUGCCGGCACGCUUCAUAACUUGUCGCAACACCAGCAAGGUUUAUUGGCCAUAUUCAAAUCUGGAGGUAUAUCCGCGUUGGUCAAACUUCUCUCGUCGCCAGUGGAAAGUGUGCUUUUUUACGCAAUCACAACGCUCCACAACCUGCUAUUGCACCAGGAUGGAUCCAAAAUGGCGGUCCGACUCGCUGGAGGACUCCAGAAAAUGGUGUCGCUACUCCAGAGGAACAACGUGAAAUUCUUGGCAAUCGUCACCGACUGCCUGCAGAUCCUGGCCUACGGAAAUCAGGAGUCGAAGUUGGUCAUUCUCGCCUCGGGAGGACCAACCGAACUCGUCCGGAUCUUGCGAAUUUACUCAUACGAGAAACUGCUGUGGACCACCACCAGAGUGCUCAAGGUGCUAUCAGUGUGCUGCUCGAAUAAGCCAGCUAUCGUGGAGGCUGGUGGUGUGCAGGCGUUAGCUCAGCAUCUGAACAACUCAUCUGAACGCCUGGUCCUCAACUGUCUCUGGACACUUCGCAAUCUAUCUGAUGCUGCCAUCCGACAGGAUAAUCUCGAAGAACUGCUUCGAAGACUCGUUUCCCUGCUCUCAUCCCAGGACAUGAACGUGGUUACAUGUGCAGCCGGCAUCCUAUCGAAUCUUACGUGCAAUAACCAACGGAACAAAUCCAUCGUUUGCCGCGUGGGAGGAUGCGAGGCCCUGGUGAACACGGUCAUCCAAGCCGGCGACCGUGAAGAGAUCACCGAGCCUGCAAUUUGUGCCCUUCGACAUCUGACUUGUCGCCAUCCGGAAGCCGAACUCGCCCAACAAGCAAUCCGGAGGACGUACGGCUUACAAGUGAUCGUCAAACUCCUGCAUCCGCCGUCUAGGUGGCCUCUGAUUAAGGCAGUCAUAGGACUCAUUCGGAACUUAGCGCUUUAUCCCGACAACCACGCUCCUCUACGGGAUCACGGAGCCAUUCAGAGGUUCACCCAAAUUCUCCACAAGGCCUAUGGUGACAUGACGGCGAGCAGAGCGAGCGGCGGUCCCGCACCCUUGAUCGACGGUGUGGGAAUGGAGGAAAUCGUCGAAGGCACCGUGGGAGCACUUCAUAUUCUUUCGAAAGAGGGCCACAAUCGCGCUUUGAUUCGUUCACUGCACGUCAUUCCGGUCUUCGUUCAACUUCUGUACUCAGAGGUUGAAAACGUGCAGCGAGUCGCAGCUGGUGUACUAUGCGAACUGGCGGCGGAUCGUGAAGGCGCCGACCAAAUCGAAGCAGACGGAGCGACAGGACCCCUUACCGAACUUUUGAGAUCUGGGAACGAAGCAGUCGCCACUUAUGCGGCAGCAGUACUUUUCCGAAUGUCCGAUGACAAAUCACAGGACUACAAAAAGAGACUUUCCAUGGAGCUCAAUGCCGGUCUGAUGCGACCUGGAGACCACGUGACCCCUCAACCACCCCACGGCGACCCCAUGGAUCUAGGCUUCGACCCCGACGGCUAUAACCCUGCAAUGUAUCCGGCACCUCCUCAAGGAGUUCCGGGUGGACCCCGUCCCGCUCAGAACAACAAUAAUAAUUACGCAGCCCAGGGUGAGGCGUUUGUUUUGAGCAACAAUCUCUAA